AUGUCGGUAACCGUGAACCUAAGGUUCCUCCCCGUUCUAUUGUUUGCAGGAUGCGUUGCUGCAGACACUGGAGAUGACUUCUCCAACAACCUAUUCUCGGACCUGGCGCCUCUGCUCGCGCUCUUCGGAGAACGGGUCACGAUGCAAUUCAUGAGCCAGUCGAUGGGCUGGGCUGACAACAUCAUAUUGGCAAUGGCUCCUCUGGGCAUAAUCACUACUAUUAUCAGUGCCAUCAGAGUUGGUGGCCCUUCGUGGCUCAAAGCCAUCAUUGGGAGAGCCAGGGAGAACCUCGCAGCUGCCGAAGCAGAGCUUAUGUCGUCCACCUCGAAAGAAGUCUGCGAGCUCUGGAAUGGCCAUGAGGUGAGCAGUGGGAAUUCAAAGGUAGAGAUGGUCGAACUGAAAGAGGCGCAGAAAAGGGGGUACCUUGAAGAUGUUGAGGACGCUUCGCAGAAUAGUUCCGAGGAUUCGAAAGCAGAGCAAGGGCAAGCAGCUACCAACCGCUCAAGACCCGAAAUUAUCAUUGUACGGAAUAAGGCUGCCGAUGCACCGAACAUUUCGCUCAAUGCCCAUAACCAGUUCGGGAGAGGAGAACUACGCGCCGUGGCCGCCAUAGGGACGUUGCUUCAGCUAGGAGUCCUUCUAUACUGUGGGUUCGCCACCUAUUACCCAACAGUGAAGUUCAAGAAGGACGGACGCCCCAUCGCCAGCUACGCGUUUCCUUGCACCGCUGUCGGGACUCUGGUAUUGGUGGCCGCUACCGUCCUGGGAAUCAAGGCCGUCCUUGGCACAAUGGUUAGUCUCUGCGGGUUCGUCGUGCAAUUCGUCGGUCUGCGCGGGAUGCACUGGUCUGCCUCAGUCGUUCAACUUGGCGCAGUCCUCGUGAUGAGCGUUCUCAGGGCGUGGGUUCGUCGUGGGCUCGCGAAACCUCCCCAGUGCGAGCGUCUCCCCCCAGGGUUCGAGCUCGAGUGGUUUGCGACGACGCUGGGAGAUCUUGACAAGGCACCCUGGCUGGCUACGACAGACUCUGGGAAAGACACCACGACUUCAAACUCUGAGGAGCAAGACAUCAAGGACUGGACCAUAGUGACCGACGAAACUUCUGAGAUGGACGAGAAACCGGGCCAGCCGAGCGAAAAUGACGACUCGGAUGCGCAUACUGUGAUGAUGAUAAGGAGGAACCUCGGCGAGCUCGCUGGUUGGCAUGGACCUGCAUCUGCUGAAGCCAUUUCCCUCGCAAGGGCGAUCGAGGUCACCAUGACUGCUCUAUUCGGCUCUUCUCACAAGAACCUAACGUGGUCUCUUGAAACCCAUGGCAAACAACUACUUAAGUUCCGCUUAGAACGACAAGAAAACGGGCUCUGGAAAGCGUACGCAGACGAGAUCGAAGCAGCGCUAUCUUUGCGUUUAUAUUCUGUCAAUAAAAUAAAACAGGCCGAUAAACAAGCGCAGGGAUCUCGGACUCUCAAAGACGAUGCAUGGUUGCGCGCCAAAGGAUCGACGGCAAAGAGAAGCCUGCGAAUUUUGGGCUUAUCCACGACGGCCCUUCUUCGAGAUCUCCGGUGGUGGAUGACAGGUGAUGCGCCUAGAAUCUUAGCAGUCAAGAAAGCCAAGGAGGGCAUGCUAGAGGUGGAAAAUCACCGAGUUGUUGGCCGGCGGCAGCAAUUAGGGAAACCGGGAAAUGAUAGGUCUGGCACCAACAGCACAUCCCAACACAAAAUUCAUCCAACUCGAUUCGAUGUGGCCAACAUGAAGGUUGACGACGAGGACGACGACAAGGUUGACAAGGUUGACGAUGUUGACGAGGACAGACUCCUCGCGAUAGAGUCGCAUGAACCCUUGAAGUUGCUAUAUGCUCAAGAUAUGUUCUCGGCUUUCAUGUGGGCUGUGGCGAAAUCGGCAGAUCCCGUCAAGGGCAAUGCUAACAUACAGCCCGAUGACAUCAGCAGCGACAAUGCCUGGCAAUCCUUCAAGCUCCAGAAUAAUCUCUUGUUGACGAUGGCUCAGGACAUUGAGAACACUGGGCUUGGAAGUCUGGAUCAAAUCUACCUGAGCAUCAUCCCACCGCUAAGUAUGCACGAGAAGCUCCCUCAACCGAAUGCGAUUGUUGAAUUGGCGCGACAACAUGCCAAACAACACGAGCAGCUGCAACAUUGGAAACAGGCAGGCGACGCACACUUGUGGCUCUUUAGAACAGCAAGGACAUUCCCAGAACACAGUGGUAUUGCCACUAAAGCUACGGCCGUGUUGAUGGAAUAUUUAAGGACAGUCACUCAAGCUCUCGAAUUGAGGGAAGAUCAGCAAUACGAUGACAGAGAUUUUGAGCAACUGAAGGACUUGAAAUCGACUCUUGAAAGGGAGCUGAGAACUGUUGGCCGCGGGAUCUUAUCAAGCCUCAUAAGGCUGUAUGAGGAACAGGGCCGAGGUUGGAAGUGUGUCCCUGUGCAGGAAGCUCGAUCUGGUUGGGAAGAGGAAGCUGCGAAUCCGAAGAAUAACUACAAUUGGACGCCGCUCCAUUAUGCUGUAGCGAAGGAUACCGGAUAUACCGUCAUCGAACUACUAAAGCAUCAAGCAAAUGUCAACGCUGCAGACCUUCUCGAAUGGACGCCGCUCCAUUAUGCUGUAGCGAAGGAUACCGGAUAUACCGUCAUCGAACUACUAAAGCAUCAAGCAAAUGUCAACGCUCCAGACCUCCUCGAAUGGACACCCCUACAUUACGCCUGCCAGCGCAACGAGACUUCAGUAGUGCAGAAUCUCUUCCGGGAAGGCGCAGAACUUGAUGUGCGCGGCAGAGAUGGAGUGGCGCCUCUGCACUGCGCAGCAAUGAAUGGUUGUGUCGACGUGGUUCGCUCGUUGAUUGAAGCAGGAGCAACUCUUGACAUUUUGGAUGCCUCAGGGAACACGCCGCUACACUUGGCUUCCCAGGAGGGGCAUAAGGGCGUCGUUGAAUAUCUAUGGCAAGACUCGAACAAAAAGCUGCGCGAUCGUAAUGGUUGGACUGCCUUGCAUCUAGCACUGCUUGUCGAGAAAGGCGCCGAGAUCGAUGCCAAGGACGGCUAUGGCAAGACGCCGCUGCACUGGGCUGCCAAGAACGGGCACAAGGCUAUCGCGAGGCUGCUCGUCGAGAAAGGCGCCGAGAUCGAUGCCAAGGACGGCUAUGAUGGCAGGACGCCGCUGCACUGGGCUGCCAAGAACGGGCACGAGGCUAUCGCGAGGCUGCUCGUCGAGAAAGGCGCCGAGAUCGACACCAAGGACGUUGAUAACAGGACGCCGCUGCACUUGGCUGCCGAGAACGGGCACGAGGCUAUCGCGAGGCUGCUCGUCGAGAAAGGCGCCAAGAUCGAUGCCAAGGACGGCUUUGAUGGCAGGACGCCGCUGCACUGGGCUGCCAAGAACGGGCACGAGGCUAUCGCGAGGCUGCUCGUCGAGAAAGGCGCCGAGAUCGACGCCAAGGACGGCUUUGGCAGGACGCCGCUGCACUUGGCUGCCGAGAACGGGCACGAGGCUAUCGCGAGGCUGCUCGUCGAGAAAGGCGCCGAGAUCGAUGCCAAGGACGGCUAUGGCAAGACGCCGCUGCACUGGGCUGCCAAGAACGGGCACGAGGCUAUCGCGAGGCUGCUCGUCGAGAAAGGCGCCGAGAUCGAUGCCAAGGACGGCUAUGACAGGACGCCGCUGCACUUGGCUGCCGAGAACGGGCACGAGGCUAUCGCGAGGCUGCUCGUCGAGAAAGGCGCCGAGAUCGAUGCCAAGGACCUCUUUGGCAGGACGCCGCUGCAAGGCGCCAAGAUUGACGCUAAGGACGAGGAUGCGGAGGCGGAAGCGGAGGCGGACAGUAGAUAA